GCAGGAAGCGAGUACACAAGAGCCCAGUGGACGGACUCUGCACAAUUCAGGAAGAGAAGCUGGUCUCUGAAGAAUCCAUCAUGAUGAUCCGUGGAGCCGUGAUAUUAUUUCUUUUGAAAGCAGUGUCUUCUCUUGCCUCAUCUACAACUACUUCUCCGCUUCCAAUAACAACAUCGACAGAAUUUCCUUCAACUUCUACUGAUCAUGCAACUUCUAUAAUACCAACUGCAACUUCAGCGACAACAACAUCAGCAACAACACCAAUAAAAUCAACUGACGAGAGGGACAUUUCUUCUGGAAGUACAACUGAUAUUCCCAGUACUACAGAGGAACCAGGCAACGAUGAGCUGUCUCCAGGAGCCAUCUGCGGCAUCGUGCUCGGCUCCCUGGCAGGUGUGGCUCUUAUCAUGGGAGGAAUCUACCUUUUGAAGGUGAAACAUCUUCUCUGCUUCGGGUAAAGCCACCUGGAAAUUCCUGGAAAGGAACAAUUAGAAUAUACUUCUCACAUCAGACAUAAAUGGGGAGAUUUCUGAAGUAAAAAAUGAAGUAUGGAUAGUUUUGUACAUGAGAACAGACUAUAUGUAUUCUUUCGAAAUCCAAGAAAAGUUACUGUUAUGAUUUUCUUUCUCUCUCUACCUCUCAUUUUGAUUUUGUUAACACAAUAUUUGUUCUCUCUCAAAUGCUAAAUUUACUGACUAGGUCAACAAGCGUAAUGAGUUUUUACUAAGCAUGUAUACAAAAAUUUAAAAAAAAAAUUAAAUAAACUUGAGGGUUUUGGAUGAAGACCAUGAAUUUAGAUCCAGAAAAAGUUGAACGUCCUCUUAAAAAAGACUGGGGAGACCUGUCACUGGGGCUUGUCCCCUGGACCGUUUGUUCAAUGACCGAGUUGUACUUGUAUCGACGAUUACUCUCCUCAGAAUUAGUCUCUGGAGACUGCAGACAUCUUACAGGGCCGAGCAGUCCAAACGCUUCCCCCAGCAUUCAGAUACACACAUAUACACACUCACACACACACACAUACACACACACACACACACCCUUCAAAACUUCAAAGGUAUUGCAUGCUUUACUUAAAUUCCGAUCGCUCGCAAAAUAUAUCCACUUGUUGCAGUCAUGAGGCCAUCUCUGGGAACAUUUUUAGCAAGACAACAGACAAACGAAAUAUCAUAAAUAAGGAAAACUUGAAUGAGAACAUAAUCUCGUAGAAGGUAGACAUAAAAUUCAAAAAGGGAAGUGGAACGGACUCCAGUAACCUCUGAAAUACCAUUUUAUUUCAAAAUUGUGUCAAAAAUUUAUCGAAAUUUACUGUAUCAUUUAAUGCGGUUCAGACUUUUUUUAUAUAAUACAUCAUGUAGCGGUUAAUGAUAUUUUGAUGAUUCAAUGUUGACUUCCUGUAAACCAAAAAUAACCACUACUCCUUGUCAGUGCGCACCAUAUGAGCUCUGAAGUUUGAUCAUGUAUACACAUAAAACUGUACUGAACCUUUGUGUAAAAUGUAAAACCGUAAAAAACUACUUUUGUCAAUGCAUUUUAAUUUGAGCCUCACAGUCCUUCAUUAACCUUGGGCAC